GCGGCGGAGAGAGAGAGAGGAGGAAGGAAGGCGGCGCGCGCGUCUCUCUGUCCGCGCGCGCCUCUAGAGGGAGCAAGGAGGAGGAGGCGGCGGGCGCUGCUGCUGCUACGACUGCUACUACUCGGUCGGCGUCCCUUCCCUUCUCUCCUUCCUCCCUCCCUCCCUCCCCGACCAGAGUGUCCUCCCUUUACCUACCCACCCACCCUCUCCGCCUCCUCCUCCCGGACUGAGCGAGCGAGGGAGCAGCGAUGGCGGCCGCCGGGGCUCUCUCCAAGCACGAACAGAUCCUGGUCCUCGAUCCGCCCACCGACCUCAAAUUCAAAGGUCCCUUCACAGAUGUAGUCACUACAAAUCUUAAAUUACGAAAUCCAUCGGACAGAAAAGUAUGUUUUAAAGUGAAGACUACAGCACCUCGUCGAUACUGUGUGAGGCCAAACAGUGGAAUUAUUGACCCAGGUUCUUCUGUAACUGUAUCAGUGAUGUUACAGCCUUUUGACUAUGAUCCAAAUGAGAAGAGUAAACAUAAGUUUAUGGUACAGACAAUCUUUGCCCCCUCAAACAUUACAGAUAUGGAAGCAGUGUGGAAGGAUGCAAAGUCUGAUGACUUAAUGGACUCCAAAUUGAGAUGUGUAUUUGAAAUGCCUAAUGAAAAUGAUAAGCUGCAGAGAGGGGUUGCAGAGCCUAAUCCUUUAGCUGUUGGUUUAGUCACUCCCCUAAGUCUUGCAAUGAGAGAUCUGCUGAGUGCUGAGGGCAUGUCUCAGCUUCCACCUCAGACUUUAUCUUCAUCAGGAUCCGUACACAUAACUCCAUCCAACAGCAAGAAUCUUCAGAUACCUGCAAGUUAUAGCCAGAAGAUUGACAUGAUGGAGCAAGGCAGUGAGGUCAAACACAAGAUGAAUCAGAAUGACAUAGAUGCAAGCAAAUCUGCUCCAAUACUGAAUACAGCUAAGCAGGAUGGUCCAAUGCCAAAACCACACAGUGUUUCGCUUAAUGACACCGAAACAAGGAAGCUAGUGGAAGAAUGCAAAAGACUUCAGGCGGAUGUGGUGAAACUAUCAGAGGAAAACAGACAUCUGAGAGAUGAAGGUUUGAGGCUGAGAAAGGUGGCACACUUGGAUAAACCUGGAACAUCAGGCUUGGCUCUCCGAGAUAAUGUCUCCAAUCCUCUUCCCUCACUUCUUGUUGUAAUUGCAGCCAUUUUCAUUGGAUUCUUUUUAGGGAAAUUCAUCUUGUAGAGAGGGGAAAAAGAGAGAGAAGCAUGCAGAAUGCAGCUUCCUUUUUUUCUUGGCCAGAAAAAAAUGUAUUUACCUACCACUUCAUUGGUAGUAUGGCCCCAAGUGACCAUUAUUGUGUACAGCAUCAUACAGGCUUUGCCUCUAAUGAUCUUGCACGGUUAGACAACACAAUAAAAAGACAAACUGGUCGGCUGCUGGACAAAUUGUAUAUUAAUUCAUCAAUAGCAGGUGUCAGUUGCACAUUCAGUCCUUUAUGAAAAGUCAUACAUAAAUAAAGAAUUGUUCUUUCUUUCUGUGGUUUUAAUAAGAGUUCAAAAAUUGUUCAGAGUCUUGUAAAUGUUAUUUUAAUAAUCCUUUAAAAAAUUAUCUGUUGCUCUUGCCUCUUGGAAAAUGAUUAUUAGAAUGUUAAUCCCACUUGUUCAGGAAUAUGACGAGGCAUUCUGCGGGGAAAUGAUUCCUCUUAGUGUGUAAAUUUUAUCCUUUACCUUACUUUGCUAAUAUUAUGGCAGAAUUUCUUACCCCUUGUGAGGCAGUUGUUAAAGUUUUCAUCCUUACAGCCCUGUCCCAUGGUAUUUAACAUAAAAAAAAAUAAAACUGUUAACAUACUUUAUGCUGGGUAGCUUGUUUCUGUGAGUUCCACUUUGAGAAAAGUUUUCCUUCAAGUUUUACACAUAACCUUGUCACAGAUGAAUGUUCAGUUCACUAGCUGUUGCUUGAACUGGUGCCAGCGAAGCUUUGGAAGAAACAUAGCUGUUUCCAUACUAUUUAACAGCGGCAGAAAAGGUUUCUGGCUUUUUAAGCAAAAUGAAAGGUUAGAAUUAGUUCUGUUUUGGGACAUGGGACUAAUUACGAGAGCCAGGUAUUUUAAACUUGUCUUUUAAAAUAGUGGUGGACUUUGCAGGUAUCAAAUAGGUAUAUUUCUGUUGAUUCAUUGAUGCUCCCUUAUCUGGAGUCCCCAGUAGUCCUUUAAUGAUCCAUAAUUUUACAUUCAGGCUGACUAGUCCAGAUGUUUUCUGGAAAUACAUUCUGUAUGACCUUUCCAAAUAAUUUUUCCUUAAGUACCUUAGGAUGAUUCCAGCUGAGCAAUCUUUUAUCGUUUAGUUUUAUGAAAGGAAAAUAAAGUUUUGUCCAGCAAAUAUGUCUUGGCACACUUCCCAUUAGCUAUGCAUACCUUCUAUGUUCUAGAAAGUUUAUUUUGUUGGGUCUGAACUGCUUCUCCUCACUUAACCUCGUGGCUUGUUUCAUUUCUGAUCUCUAUGUCAUUAAGUAGAUAAUUUUGAAAGCACAAUACUUAGCUAUUUUUAACUGUUAGCCACCAUAGGGAGUUAUUUCGGAACUGACAUUCUUGAAAGGCUUAUUCCUGUAGGCAGAAUUUUGUAUAUUCUUGGAUAUGGAUGCAGCUAACUGUUCGAUCUUAUGUAGCUGAGAAAUGUUCUAGCAAAAAUAUACUUAUUGGUUGCCUUUGA